UCUUAUUUUCAAAAAAACCAACGUUAAAAUAUGGACUGUAUCUGCUGUACAUCAAAGUGAUCAAACUGACAAAAUUUAUACAGUGUUGUCCAAGUAAACACGAUCACGACCUGCUUUCCGUUUUAUCUGCGGUUAUUUCUUCGUAUAUCUAUUCUGAAGAUAUUAUAUAAUUAAUUUAAAACCAUGUACGACUUCCCAUCAUAUAAUGCAGCACCUGGGCCCAGCCGACAGCACGACGAUCCCCCGUCGUACAAAGAAGUGAUGAGGACGGCCGACAGCGAGGAGAAGAUAUCACUUGAACCAACGGCCCCUGAUGACGAAAAGAUAUCGCUGAAAGCGUACCAUGAGCCUAUCAUCACCCAGCCGUCAACCAGUACCGAUGUUAUCUUGGAGAUCGAAGAUGCUACUGAGCCGGAUGACCGCGAACCCACAUGUAAUGCCAAAUGCUUCCGUUGCCGCAUAUUUAUCAUCUUCAUGAUAGGUUUCGGUAUCUUUUUGUGUUCCUGGGACGCCGAUUACCGUCGGUACCGCGCAAGCGACGAGUAUAAUCGAGAGGACGUACCGGAGGGCCUCGACAGUGCGGCCUCCACACGGGGAGCACUCGGUGGAGUUAUAUUGGCUGUCGGUGUGAUCUGCUAUCUUGUUGAUGCCAUAACAGCUAAUUUUGCGAAAAUUGUCUGCUUUGAUUCCAACCGCUUGGAAAACCAUUUAGAAACAGUUAAAAAAGGCAAACCGAAACUGACGUGGCACAUGAAGUGCUUCCAUCGCGACACUGGCACCGUCAUUAUCAACGACCCGGAAGCCGGUCCGCGGACCGAAACCAAGAACGAUAUCCUCCCGACCUGGAGUGGCACACAGGAAUUCCAUUUCACCUCCUGGUCGGACGAGACAGAGGACCAGACCGACAAAAUGUGCGGCAUCAGCCAGAUAACCUUCCAUAAGACCUUCGUUUUUGCUAAUGCGACGACCCAAGAGUCGUACAACGCUCAGAAGCAGGCGUUUAUUAAUGCCAACAAGGAUCGCGAUACGGAAUACUCCAUUCAGGAUAUCUUUGAGAUUGAGGGCUAUCAACGGAAGCUGACGGCGGUGUCGUCGUGUAGUGGUUGUUGCUGCUGCUGCUGCACGUAUCUGUUCGUGGUAUCGUCCUUUCUCUUGUAUCCCUGGUUAUGUUGCUGGUCGUUUUGUUGUUCGGUGCCUGUGGAAUAUACUCACACUGUUAAGUUAUCGGUGUAAAAUUCGACGUGAUAUUUGCUAAUGUCCGUUCUUCCUGGCAAGUUUGAAUUCACUAGAGUAGGUACUGCAAAU